AUGGAGGAGAUCAACAGAGACGGGGCAUACAGGUGUUUCGAGGAAGGGAAAGAGCUUCUGGGAGACAACUUCAGCAAUGUAGAGACAGCAUUGGCGAAGAUCACCAAGGCCAUCUACUUGUGGGACGAGGAUCCCGAUUUCUUCGAGGAGAGAGGCAAGGUUUAUCUUCACCUGAAAGACUACAAGAUGGCCAUAUCAAACUUCAAACAAGCGCUCAGGCUGUACACGAACAAACCGGCAGAGUUGAAGCGACUCACGUCCAACCUGCUGGAUGCGGAGGGUCUCUGUAGGGUGCGGUCAAAGCAGUUCGCCGAAGCUGUCUUCCUCUUUUCCUCUGCGCUCGAAGUCGAUCCCUCCAACCUCUACCUCCACGUCCACCAUUCUCUUGCUCUCCUUGGCCAGGGCAAGACAUCUCAGGCGAUGGGCGGGCUGAUGACGUACCUUGAGGGAGACUCCGAGCACCCAACCGCACGUGCGGGCAUUCAUGUCUUGGUAGCGAAGCUCCACAAGCAGAUGAAGAAUCCAACGACGGCAGCCCAUCACAUCCACGAGGCGAUGCGGCUCGAGCCCAACGACCCGGAGGCCCUGCUGUUAUACACGCAGCUGAAGGGACGGGCCGGAGAGUUGUACGAGGAAGCCACGGACUUUCUGCUGAGGAAUGAGCCGAGGAAGGCCAUCAACAGCUUGAAUCAUGCCAUCGAGCUCGACGAUCGCGACCCGCGUUUCUUCAUUCGCCGGGGAGUCAUUUACAGGCAGCUGGGGCAGUACAACGAGGCCGUCAUGGACUUGGAGCACGUGACUGAGCUCAAUCAUGACAACAAGGACGCAGAACGUCAGCUUGCUAUCACCUACAACCAGCUGGCCAUCGAGCUCUACGCAGCUCGGGACUUGCAACGGGCGCUGUCGGUGUACAACCUCGCUUUGAAGCACGAUCCCGCAUCCUCGAGUGUGUGGGUGAACCGAGGUGACUGCUAUCGAGAGCUGCAGGAAAUCGGCCUUGCCCUCCAGGACUAUCUGACUGCGCACAACCUCAACCCGAAGGACAAGGACAUCAGGAUCCGGCUCAGCACCCUCUUCGAUGCCCGCGGGCUCACCUACUUUGAUCGAGGGAUGCACAUGGAGGCAGAGACUGAGUUCUCCAACGCCAUCAAGUAUCUCCCGCAGGUCUACCACUACUAUCUCCAUCGGGCGUCUGCCGCGUACCUGCAAGGGAACUUGAAGCAGGCUUUCGAGGAUUACAAGAAGGUAGUCGAGCUGGACCCCACCAACGAGAUCGCCUGGGCUCGCCUGCAGAGCUUCGGGGAUGUCUCUGAGCUCGCAAGCAAGCCGGCAGUAGCCCGCAAGAGCUCGCUCCCGUCUCUGAAGGCCAACCAAGUAGAACCCAAGAAGCUGCCGCACGUGCGGGAUCGAUCGCCUGUCCGUCUUAGUUCUGGCGAGCGAGAGUUCUAUGACGAUCUCAUAGCGAGGAGGACGAGAGUGAGAGAUUCGCUGAGAUCGCAACUUGGCUACAAGACAGACAAGAAGCUUGAUACUCGCCCCGUCGAUGUUCGAUUCAAAGACACCAGACAAGGCAUUCCGAACCCUUUCAAGUGA